CGUACCUACCCUGGGGGGCGGCGUCCUUCAGUGAUACCAAUCCUAUCCAUCUAUCAACUCACCCAUCCUAUCCUGUCCAGCUCGCAUCAUUCUAUGUAUCCCUCCCUUUCUCACAUAGUGUACUGUACGCCCCCCCUCCCUUCCCUAUCUCCCUGUCUCCCUGUCUCCCACGCACGGAUGUACACACACAUAGUCUACAUACGUACAUACACAUACAUACAUACAUCCCUUGUUGCAGUUCUUGGGGAAAGAAUCCAGAACGAGUUGGUGACAAAGGUUGCGGAGCUGAUUCCACUGGGUCGGGUCUUACACCUCGGGCCCGUGCAUCCUUUCUCUUUUCCUUUAUUUGCUGGCAAGACAAAGGCAAGGCCGUACGAUUACGGUACUGUGCUUGUCUAGAAGAUUCUCGGGGUUCGUCGGGUGUACUGUACCUGUCCGAGGCUACGGCGUACAAAGUACCGUACGGUACUUGUACUUGUCGGGGGGUGAAUUAAGACAAAUAGAUCAGAUCAGACCAGAUCAGGUCAGUCAAGUGAGGCUGUGAAGGGCCUCUCCUAAGCCUUGAAGGGGUGAGUGAGAGGUUGAGGGAAGUGGUGAAUAGAAGGAAACGGAGGUGGGGGGUAUUGUCUAUCAUAAUAGUUAGUAGGCUUUUUAUUUUUUUUUAUUUUUUUUUGUUUUCUUUAUUUCUCGUUAGGCUUUUUAUUGGGUACAGUAAUAUCCGGUGUUGUUGUCGUCGUCGUCGUUCGGCUGGAGGAUUCUUUUGAGGUUCCUCAUUCGUUGAUCUCCCUGCCCUACCUUCAUGGUAUCGUAUUCUUUCCUGUCCGCCAUCAAGGUGCCGGCUGGCUGGCUUGCCCUUUCGCCGUCGGGGAUCGUCGCCGUGGUUCUUUAGCUGCUGGUUGCUUUGUUGGCCGCCGCCCCCUAUGUUACCGGUAUUUUCCUCCCGCUCAUAGGGCCGCAUCGCAUCAUCCGAACUCUCUUUCACUUCUCACUUUCCUCCAUCAUCACGAACAACCCCCCCCCUUUUUUUUCUUCUUCUAGCUCUUCGGUCCAGCGUUCCCUUUCCCCUGGUUAUAUUCUUUUUCUUUCUUUUUUUGCUCAUCCCUCCACUCGAGUGCCUCUUUCCUGGGGAAAUUUCCGAUCCAGAGGUUUAAAAAAGAAAGACUCUGUUCCUCAUUUACCAAUCUUCUGUCGGUCAUCCGAAUUACGCCACCAUUCCGUUCAAAAUAUCGUGCCGUAUUCACGAUCCUGGAUCUGGCCAUCAUCCACUCCACCACCCCAGCCCGACUGGUUAAUUCAUACACUGGCUCGGAGGGAAGAAGGGCAAACGAACCUGAACAGAAGGAAAGGGCAGAAAAGAAACAAAACCCCAAAACAGAUUGUUGGACUUGUCAAAAUCUUGACGGGUUGGAGCAAGGACGGACCUGGACUGUGCAUGUCGCACCAUUUCUUCGUAGUUUACACUAAACACAUUAUUCGGUCGAUAGAAAAUUAUUCCCAUAAUAUCCCACAAGGGAUUGACUAGAAUCAAGCCCGCCUUUUCUGUCUGGCCAGCAAGCUUGAACUUCCUCCCCUCCUCCCUAUUCCAUCCCCCACUCCUCCCCGGUCGCGGCGCGCAGCACCUCUCCGAUUUCUGGUUCUCCAAAAAUAAAAUAUACUGAGCAGGAGGGAGUAAUUUUUCUUCCUUUCACAAUCCCGUCUCCCCGAACGCACUAGGGUUGGGAAAGAAAAUCAGCCAACAAAUUAAAAACAGGGUGCUGCAACUGAACUCACAGCGUGUCGGCGCUAAGGAGACAAAAAGCGGAAUAAUCGGGUGACGUUGGGUGAUUUCCUCCAUUCUCUCGAAAGAGCCUUUCUUUCUUCCAACUCUUUUACUCGCAAACCUCCUGCCGCAUUCCGUACUAAAAAAAAGCAAACCUUGCUACUACUUCAACUCCCCGUCCUCCCCUCCUCCUUUUAUUUUUUCCCCCGCAGUCCACGGGGUUCAAAGAACCAACAGGAAGCUUGCUUUUUAGAUAGUUGACCCCCCUCCCACUCGGCGGCCCCUUGCUUAUCCGUGCGCACGCUUUGAGAGAAACCCGAGUCUUUUGUUGCUACCCUUUUGGCAACGAGUUCCCAAACCAUACUAUUGUUUGCAAUAGAACCAGUUAUUUGUCCCAGAGUUACCGCUGCGGUAUGACGGUUAUGGAGGGUGGGGACCAAAAAAAUAUCGUCAUAAUAGGCGGCGGAAUCGUCGGUUGCACAACAGCAUAUUACUUGACUCGGCAUAAGGAUUACGACCCAAAGAAGCACAGCAUUACGGUUAUAGAAGCGACCAGAAUUGCCGGGGGUGCGUCGGGGAAGGCUGGUGGAUUAUUGGCUGUAUGGGCUUAUCCGAACAAUAUUGUGCCCUUAAGCUUCAAGCUACACCAAGAUUUAGCGAUUGAACAUGGGGGUGAAGAAACAUGGGGCUAUAGGCGAGUGUCGUGCGGGAGCCUUGAGGCUACGGGGCGGGAGCGCAGUGAGCUGGAGCGAUUAGGAGCUCAGACGGGAGUGUCUCUAGGGAAAAGAGUGGGGGAAAAUAGAAAGGCAAACCGGGGUAAAUCGAAGGACUCGGAGCUGCCGAAGGAUUUGGAUUGGGUAAUGCCUGAUUUGGUGAAGAGUUAUGAGAAGAUGGGGGGUAGUAAGGAGACUGCCCAAGUUCACCCGUAUCAAUUCACAAUGUCGAUGGUAAGGCUUGCCCAGGAGCGAGGGGUUAAUGUCAUCGUUGGUUCGGUAACCGAUAUCGAAUAUACGGAAUCCAUCUCGGGGAUAACAUACACCGACACACAAAGCGGCACUUCUUGUACCAUUCCUGCAACCACCGCAAUCUUAGCCGCAGGCCCGUGGACGUCAAAGCUAUACCCCUCAGCUCCAAUAUCCGGGCUGAGAGCACACAGUGUGACCAUAACGCCUUCAUCUCCAGUAUCGGCCUAUGCCCUUUUCACCGAAAUAACCAUCCCACCAACGCCCCCAUCAUCCCUCCACAGCAACCAGCCAUCCAAUACGGUCUCCCCGGAAAUCUAUGCCCGACCAAACAACGAGAUAUAUGUUUGCGGCGAGGGAGAUAUGGAAGUAGCCGUGCCCGAAACAACAGCAGACGUACAAAUUGACGAGGCCCGCUGCGAUGACUUAAUAGCUCAGGUGUCGAGUAUAUCGGACCACAUUCGCCUAGGGCGUGUAACCCGCAAGCAAGCCUGCUAUCUGCCCAUUCUGAACGUGGGUGGUUCCGGCGGCCCUCUUAUUGGUGAGACGGGGACAGAGGGCUUAUUGAUGGCCACGGGGCAUUCGUGCUGGGGCAUUAAUAACGCCCCGGCUACGGGGAAACUAUUGUCAGAGAUAGUGUUUGAAGGCCAAGCGGUGUCGGCGGAUAUUAGACAGUUGGAUCCUCGGCGGAUCCUUUAACCCCCCAAUUUUCAAAGUCCACUUUCCGAUCUACCCCGAUCAUGUCAUCUGUUCUUUUCCUCUCCACCAUUGCAACCUCCACUUCAGAGCGGAGUGGCUAUUUCCCCAUUUUGCUUAUUCCCUGUGGAUAUUUCUUCCUAUUUUUUUCUUUCCUCUUUAUUUUUUGCGCACCUUAUAUCCCUUCCAUUUUCCCCGCUAGAUGCCAACUUUAGUAACAGGUUCCCACUUUCUCCGUUAUUAUUUUAUCCUUGUUCGCCCUCACCCUUUCAGUUGAUCCCCACGGACGAAAACCUAUACGCCAAUUUUUUUCCCCUCGCCCCUAGCUUCUCUCCUUUUCUUCACACCAUCCCCUGUUUUAUUUGUCGAUAAGCUGGUAGGCAAGGCAGGUUGGAUGGACGGAGGAAGAGAGUGGGAUGGUCCAUGUAUAGAUAGAAAACCUGAUCAAGUGCGGUUUUGUGA